AUGGAGCAGCCAGCAACAGCUAAAACGGGGGAGGAAGUGGCAGCUGCUCGCAAGGAGGAGUUGUCGGCUCUUUCCACGCGGCAGUUGCUUGAGGAACUUCACCUGCCCCUGCCCCUCCACUACAGAGCAGAGGAUGGGCUCACGCUCGAAGCCUACAAGAGAAAGGUACUGGAGGUGCUGCUGACCCGGGACAUCGCCGCUUUCACGACAGAGGAGCUAUCCCUCUUCCUUCGCGUGUGCCCCAAGAAAGCCAACAACAGCAAGCCUGUUGAGCAUGCCGAGCGGGCACUGCUGGCUCGGCUGAGCACCCUGUCUAAAGUCGAGCUUGCGGAGCUUCUCAAGUGGGUGGCGACAUCGUCCUCCCUCGUCGCCGACAAGCAGCAAAACCAGGACAAAUUGAUUGAGGCUCUGCUGACGCGCAAGUUCGAGGAGCUGGAGCCAGCGGACUUCUUCGUAAUCAUGCCCUUGUGCCCUCCCGAAAGACAGCAGCAGAUCAUGGCCCAUCUCUAUCGCAUCAGGCAACAGCUGGACAGCAUUCAGAUGCUCCAACUGAUGAAGCUGUACUUCGUCGCCCCGCCCUCCGUUGAGAUCCAAGGCCUCAUGAACGCCCUUUAUGAAAACGAAAAAAGAAGAAAGACGUCGGCCACUCGCGACUGGUCUCGUUCAUCCGACCGGCGCACCAGAUCCCCUAUCCUCCGCAAGAAGGGGCCGAACGACCCUUCACGUCCUAUCUCGAGCCUCACCCCACACUGCCGCUGUCCUACUUCCUGGACGCCACCUUCAACCCAAUCAUCGAGGCUCAGGUGGCGAGCGAGAAGCUGGGAGCCAGCAGCUACGCGCUGUCCCUCGCGGGUCGACUCCCGUCGCCGCAGCACGGGGUGGCUUUGUUCCUUUCCCUGCCUCCCUUCAUCAGCGAAAAGCGACACUACCUGGGCUGAAACCAAGCCCCUGUUCCCGCUGAGCUACCCCUUGCCGACUGUUGGCGCUGUUACGGCUGUGCGCCUCAUCGCGUCCGUGCUUCCGCUUGAGGCCAUCGCCAAGCAAUACGGAACCCAACCUGCCGGAGUCCUUGCCCUCGGCUCUCAGCCUGGCACGCCACUGGCGCCGUCGCAGGUUGGCGGCGAAGUUGAGGUCACUGUGUGCUUUGGAGAAACGCACGUCUUCAGGCUGCAGAAGGAGGACACCUUUGAUGAGUUGCUGAAGCGUGCGGCGCGGAGGUGGAAUGUGUCGCCGACCUAUCACGAACUGCAGGACAACAACUUCAGGACCCUCGACAUCAACCGCCCGGUGGCCGACACGAUGACGCCCAACGCCAUCAUCCGGCUCACCCGGCGAGGCUUUGCCGACACCGCCGCCACGCCCGCCGCCGCCGCGCCCGCUCCCGCCCUCACGAGCGUCUUCUCACCCCAGCGGCCCGUCUCCAACAUCUUCGCCCAGCCGGCCCCUUCACCGUUUGCCUUCGGCACCCAGUCGCCUCUCUUCAAGUGA